GCCUACAUUUCGUAAAGAAUGGCUCAUGCACAACGAGCCGGCCGCUAUCAUUAAAUAGCCACAUUUCUUCAUAUACGCCAUGGAAUUCGGGUCAAGUCGCUUUGGAGUAGCGCAGAACGCAUUAGUUCGACGCUAUGCAGCUGGUUGAGAUAGCCGUUCUGAUAACUCUCGUUACGGGGACUGUGGGCAGGAAGUUCACAUACUGCUCCUUGUCGAAAGAACUGUCCAAGAACGGUAUACCCAGAAGGCACAUGUCCAACUGGGUAUGCCUCGUAAACUCCGAAAGUGGCAUGAACACGAGGGCUAGGAACCGUAACAGAGACGGCAGCGUCGACUACGGGCUUUUCCAGAUCAACAGCCGGUACUGGUGCAGCCCUGGUCCACACAACGAAUGCCGAGUCAGAUGCAAAGAUCUGCUCUCCGACAACAUUAAAGCAGCAGUAAAAUGCGCCAGGUUAAUCCACAAAAGAAUGGGAUUCUCGGCUUGGUACGGUUGGCAGGCAAAAUGCCGGGGAAGAAAUCUCAGAAGCUACACCAAAGGCUGCAAGUUCUGAGAAAUAAACAGUUUACUCUUU